UAUGAAGUGUUUCUUUAAUAAAAAUUUUGUAUUAUCAUAUAAAACAAUGGUGGUAGAUAUUUGUGAUUCUGGUAUAAAAUGGCUGGAAAUCAAUUUAUGGAAUAUCUGAUAAAAUGUGGUACAAUAAGCAGAAAAAGGCUUGUCUGUACAAAUAACCGGCGCUACAAAACCACGACGACGACGACGACCGCGAUAUCGCGUACAACAGAUCUACCAUGGCUGUACAAUAUUAUCAGACAACGACAAAGUUGUCAACCCUGGUGCCGCCGUCGACGACCCCAACGUACUUCUUGUCCUCAUUCGAGGAUGCCAACAUGAGUGCGAUAAAUGCGACGCUGGCGGAUGCACGUCCCACGGCAGCGUACAAUCUCGCGCAACAAAUUAUCCUGAGCGUCGUGGCAAUCGUACUGAGUGUCCUCACCGUUGCCGGCAACGUGAUGGUGAUGAUUUCCUUCAAGAUUGACAAGCAGCUGCAAACGAUUAGCAAUUAUUUUUUAUUCUCCCUGGCAAUAGCGGAUUUUGCAAUUGGCCUGAUAUCGAUGCCACUGUUUGCGGUAUCGACAAUUUUGGGCUACUGGCCACUGGGGCCCUACAUUUGCGAUACAUGGCUCGCACUCGACUACCUAGCAUCAAAUGCCUCUGUGUUAAAUCUACUAAUUAUAAGUUUUGAUAGAUACUUUAGUGUUACGAGACCACUUACAUAUCGUGCGAAACGGACAACGACGCGUGCCGCCAUCAUGAUAAGUGCGGCAUGGGGCAUCAGUUUGCUGCUGUGGCCUCCGUGGAUCUACAGCUGGCCCUAUAUCGAGGGCAAACGCACCGUGCCGCAGUACGAGUGCUAUAUCCAGUUUAUCGAGACAAAUCAUUACAUUACGUUUGGUACAGCGAUUGCAGCCUUUUAUGUGCCUGUCACAGUCAUGUGUUUCCUCUACUAUAGAAUAUGGCGCGAAACGAAGAAGCGCCAAAAGGAUCUGCCGAAUCUGCAAGCGGGCAAGAAGGAUUCCUCGAAACGAUCCAAUUCAAGUGACGAAAAUACCGCUGUAAAUCACACGGGUGCUGUAACGAUAUCACAAGUAGCGGCUCAAGAGACAGAUGCGUGGCGACGACCGCGAUCCGAAUCGUCGGGCGAUGCCGAAAGCAUGUACAUGACAACAAAUACCGGACUUUCUGACUCCGGUUACGCCCAUGGACCACAAUCACGACGAUCAAGUAUACAAACGGCGAAACCGACGUCGUUCUUCGGUGGCAUCAAGGAAUGGUGCAUCGCGUGGUGGCAUUCCGGUCGCGAAGAAUCCGACGACGGAUAUAACGGGUAUGAACAAGAGGACCCAUCAGAUUUAGGGUAUGCAACACCUGUAUCGAUAGAAACUCCCUUACCAAGCUCAGUUUCCAGAUGUACGUCGCUGAACGUGAUUCGCGAUCCGUAUGCGACAGCCGGUGUUCGUGGCGGCGGAAUGGUUAGUGUGAUUCCGGACAUUUCGCCGACUCCCGUGCGACCACCGUUAGCGCCUUUAUCGCAGUUGCAGGAACAAACGCAGGCAGCGCCGCCAACGCUUCAAACGCCGCAUGCCCAAACGCCCGCCUCACAACCGGGAGCUCGUGACUCGCGUUCCCUGCCUACCAGCAAUCGCCUUGGCUCCCGUUCGGUAAGUCAAGACUCUGUAUAUACGAUUUUGAUACGACUCCCGCCCGACAAUGGGCAGGGAGAGGAGCGCGCACCCUCCAUCAAGAUGAUACAAGACGAUGUUCCUUUGCCCGUGAUGACAGUACCACCGAGACGCCCGUUGCCGUCACGCGAUUCCGACUACAGCCUCGUUGGCGGGCGACGGCAAUCGCAUGCGCCCGAUUUUCGCAUUCCGCUCAACGCGAAAAUCAUCCCGAAGCCCAUGACGAAGCAGCCCGUUGUCGCGAUGCGGCAAGUCAAGAAGAAGAAAAAGUCGCAGGAGAAACGGCAGGAAACGAAAGCCGCCAAAACACUAUCAGCAAUCUUACUUAGCUUUAUUGUCACGUGGACACCAUACAAUAUUCUAGUUUUAGUUAAGCCGUUGACCGCGUGCGCCAAAUGCAUUCCGCAGGAGUUGUGGGACUUUUUCUACGCCCUUUGCUACAUCAAUUCCACAAUUAAUCCCGUGUGCUAUGCCCUUUGCAACGCGUCUUUUCGUCGUACCUACAUCCGGAUUUUGACGUGCAAGUGGCACACGAGAACAAGAGAAGCAAUGACGCGUGGUGUUUACAAUUAA